GGCAGGUGAGCGGCGGCCAAUGGGCGAGCGCGGGGCAGGUGCCCGCUAACUCCAGCCAAGCAGCGCAGUGGCCAAGGCCCGGCGGGGCAUUGCUGUGAGGAUCGCGGGCCGGGGUCGACCCAGGCUACACUUGGAAGGGAGGGAGCGGGGCUCAGCCUUCGGGCCGUAGAAGCAGCUAGCUGUAUCGCAGGCAGCGUGCGAGCGCCGGUGCCCGCGCCGGGAGCUCCCCGCUCGGCCGCAGGGGCCGACGCUCCCGGCUGUGCGCGGUGGCUGGACCCCGCGCCGCGGGCUAGCGUGCCCCUCACUGCCCGGCGCCAGGCUCGCCGGCGGGGGCCGAUCGCGGGCGGGAGGGCAGAGGAGGUGAGGGGUGCGGGUGUGUGUGCAUGUGCCUGGCUGGGUGCACACCCCGCAAGGCGGCAGCGCCGGCACGCGGAGCGCUCCCCAGAGCCCCGCUGUCUCGCACGGCUACGGCGGGCGCGACCAUGUUCCAGCCCGCGGCCAAGCGGGGUUUUACCAUCGAGUCCUUGGUAGCCAAGGACGGUGGCACCGGCGGGGGCACUGGCGGCGGGGGCUCGGGCUCCCAUCCCCUGGCGGCGGCCGCCUCAGAAGAACCGCUCCGGCCCACGGCGCUCAACUACCCUCAUCCCAGCGCGGCCGAGGCAGCCUUCGUGAGCGGCUUUCCGGCCGCAGCCGCCGCGGGCGCCGGCCGCUCGCUCUACGGAGGGCCAGAGCUCGUCUUCCCCGAGGCCAUGAACCACCCCGCGCUGACUGUGCACCCGGCGCACCAGCUGGGCGCCUCCCCGCUGCAGCCCCCGCAUUCCUUCUUCGGCGCCCAGCACCGGGACCCUCUCCACUUCUACCCCUGGGUCCUACGGAACCGCUUCUUCGGCCACCGCUUCCAGGCUAGUGACGUGCCCCAGGACGGGCUGCUUCUGCACGGCCCCUUCGCGCGCAAGCCCAAGCGGAUCCGCACGGCCUUCUCGCCCUCGCAGCUGCUGCGGCUGGAGCGCGCCUUCGAGAAGAACCACUACGUGGUGGGUGCCGAGCGGAAGCAGCUGGCCGGCAGCCUCAGCCUCUCCGAGACACAGGUGAAGGUGUGGUUCCAGAACCGGAGGACGAAGUACAAACGGCAGAAGCUGGAGGAAGAAGGACCAGAGUCUGAGCAGAAGAAGAAAGGCUCGCACCACAUCAACCGGUGGCGCAUUGCCACGAAGCAGGCCAACGGAGAGGACAUCGACGUCACCUCUAAUGACUAGGGGAGCAACUAUGAACCCACAAGGGCAGAGUGCUGCUUGCUGCUGGCCAGGCCCCUGGGGGGCCCAAGCUGGACUCUGGUCACUCCCUGGCCAGGCUACAGGGAGGCCUCAGGUCACAGCCCCGCAGGGCUUGGAGCCUGAGGCCACCACCAGCAGAAGGACAGGAAAUGGGCCGGCUGAGGCCUGGGACUGCUUGGCCUUAUCCAUGGAGAGCCUGCCUGCCUGGGCAGGCCGCCUGUCACUGCAGCCUCCCAGCCGCUCUCCAUUUCUCUUCUCUUCCUUUUGUUUUGAUGCAUUUCAGUUUUAAUUUAUUUUCCAGGCACCCGCUGUAGUUCUUAGUGAUCCCCUUGUGUCUCCCUUCCCUAUGGGAAUAAUAAAAGUCUCUCUCUUAAUGACAUA